AUGGCGCAACAUACAAAUCCGUCCGCAGAGCCUAACUACGCGGCCAAUGUCAACACGGUCGUCGAGAGCAUCCGACUUUCGACAGCAGCCGCUCAGGGAAGAGCAUUUUCCAUGUAUUUGACGGAUCCUAAUGUAUACAGGAGCUCUAUGUGCUUAGCGGGUGCUCCGGUGAAUCAAUGCACCGCAUGUCUCACCCUCGCGACGAACGAUAUGAGGAACACAUGUGAAGGAGGCGAUGAGUCCGCCCCCAUGCCCUGGCUCUUCGUCGGGCUCGGAAAUCCCGGCAGGAUUUACCAAGGGACUCGCCACAGUGUAGGUUUUGAGAUGAUAGACGCUAUAGCUGAAGCUGAAGGAAUAUCUGUAAACAGCAUAUGCUCCAAAGCAUUAUUUGGGAAAGGUUAUAUUGGAGAUGUUCCUAUCAUGCUAGCCAAACCACAAACAUUUAUGAAUUCUAGUGGUGAGUCUGUUGGUUCUCUGAUAUCAUAUUUCAAAGUACCACUGAAUCAAGUACUUCUGAUAUAUGAUGACAUGGACUUACCAUUUGCAAAAUUACGGUUGUUGCCAAAAGGUGGACAUGGGGGACAUAACGGGAUGCGCAGUGUAAUUAAUCACUUUAACGGAAGCCGUGAAUUUCCACGUCUAAAAAUAGGCAUUGGACGGCCACCGGGCAAAAUGGACCCUGUCAAUUUUGUUCUUCGACCUUUCUGUAAGAAAGAACAAGAAGAGCUUGACUUCACCUUUCAAAGGGGCCUGGACGCGCUAAGGAUUCUGGUCCUCGAGGGGUUCAAUAAGAGUGCUACUUUUACUAACAGUGCGCAACCAUCAGAACUCCUGAGCUGAUGCGAGUUUGUCAUCAUUUAUACAUGAAUUUGCUUCGUUUACGCUUUUUCAUAAUAUCGAAGAUUAAUAGAAUGAAGCAUCAUUCAUUAGUUAUUGGUGACAUGUACAGGUUUUUUUUGUUUACCCUUAAUUUUUCAUAAUAUCAAAUAUUAUUUGCGGUAUAGUGUUGUUUUGAUUA